UUUUAUCCACAGUUUAGUACCAGAUUCCAUCGAUAAGCAGCACUUUCUUCACUUUGACGUUUUAAAAAUUUCGCAUAACCAAAUAUGGGGAUUUCUUGAAACUAAUGUGAACUAGAUAUGAAGUGUCUGUUGAAAAUAUUCUUUUUUUAAAUUCUGUAUAAAAUUUAGAUGUAAUUAUUUGUUUUACAAUUUUAAUUGUAGGAAAUUGCUUUUAAAAACCCAAGAUGUCUUUCCGCGUUGUACGUAGCUCCAAGUUUCGGCACGUAUAUGGUCAAGCUCUAAAAAGGGAACAGUGUUACGAUAAUAUUCGCGUAUCAAAAAGUUCAUGGGAUUCAACUUUCUGUGCUGUGAACCCCAAAUUUUUGGCUAUUAUUGUCGAAAGUGCUGGGGGAGGUGCUUUUAUUGUCUUACCCCAUAACAAGGUAGGACGCAUUGCAGCUGAUCAUCCUCUUGUAGGUGGUCAUAAAGGGCCUGUAUUAGAUAUAGCUUGGUGCCCACAUAAUGAUAAUGUUAUAGCCAGUGGUUCAGAAGAUUGUGUGGUUAAAGUAUGGCACAUACCAGAUCAUGGUCUCCAUAAAACUUUAACGGAACCUGUAGUUGAUCUGGUUUAUCAUCAACGAAGAGUAGGACUUGUUUUGUGGCAUCCUACGGCACUAAAUGUACUUCUCACUGCCGGAAGUGAUAACCACGUAGUUAUAUGGAAUGUUGGAACUGGUGAUGCCUUAGUAGAAAUAAAUUGCCAUCCUGAUAUUGUUUACAGUGCUUGUUUCAAUUGGAACGGUUCUAAGUUAUUAACAACAUGCAAGGACAAAAAAAUCAGAAUAAUCAAUCCACGAACAGGAGAAGUAGAAUCUGAAGCUAUUGCACAUGAAGGUUCAAAGGCUACAAGAGCAAUCUUUUUAAGACAUGGCCUAGUAUUUACUACGGGUUUUUCAAAAAUGUCUGAGAGACAGUACAGUCUGCGUACACCAGAUUGUUUGGAAGAACCAAUUGUAAUGGUAGAAUUGGAUACCUCAAAUGGUGUAAUGUUUCCACUGUAUGAUCCAGAUACAAACCUAGUAUACCUCUGUGGUAAAGGUGACUCUGUAAUCAGAUAUUUUGAAAUCACUGCAGAACCACCUUUUGUACACUACAUUAAUACCUUCCAAACACCAGAUCCUCAGAGAGGAAUUGGGAUGAUGCCAAAGAGAGGAUGUGAUGUAACAUCCUGUGAGAUUUCACGCUUCUAUAGACUUAACAAUUCAGGACUUUGUCAAGUAAUUACCAUGACAGUGCCUAGAAAAUCUGAGCUCUUCCAAGAAGACUUAUACCCUGAUACAUUAGGUGACCAAUCAGCGCAAACUGCUGAUGAAUGGAUAAAUGGUCAAGAUGUAGAGCCUAUUUUAAUAUCUUUGAAGGAUGGCUAUAAACCACCAGAAUCAAAGUCUUCAUUAUCUGUAACAAGAAGAAGUAAUUUAUUAGAUAAAAUUCCACCAAAGGGCGCAAAAGGAAGUAGUCAGAGUGCACCAGCUACUGAUAAAACGUUACAAGAAUUUGCUGACGAAAUAAGAAAAUUGAAGGCUAUGAUAGUAAAACAUGAAAACCGAAUCCGAGCUCUCGAAGCAGAAGUGGCAUUGAAGAAAACUGUUACUGCUGACGAUGAUGACGGUCCAGGAGGUGGUGAUGGAUUAAAUGCACAACCUACACCGUUGGCUUCUGAUGAGGUGUAACAUUUUUCACAUAUGGAUGUACACAACGAUUGUCAAACUGCUCAACUAAUAUUUUUAAAGGUGUUGCACACGUUUUGGUUUUGCAAUUGCUCCGCUUUUUAUACAUAAUAUUAUUUUAAGAACCAUCAUUUUAUUUAUUUUUUUUAUCAUUCAAAUAUAUUUUAUUAACUCCAUAUCAUCGACAUCAUGAAGUGCUCUUAUAUUAUUACUAUUAAGAUAGUUGUUUGAACUUGUUCAAAAAUGUUACAAUGCAAAAUGUUCACAAAUCUUAUUUUAAGAUUGCCUUAAGCCAAAUAUAAAGAAAUGUUAUUAAUUUACCACAAUUUGAAUUUGUUUAAUGUCAUGUUAGUAUAAACGAAGAAUAAAUAUUUAAAAGUGACAUUUAUUACCUUUAAUCAAAUAAUUUCUAACUGAUAUCUUCUUUGAGAUAAUUGAAUCAGGUAUUUUUGAAAGAUCAUGAGUCCAUGAAACCAAACUUUUCAGGAGAGAUAAAAAACUAAAUACUGAAAAAAAUUCAAGGUCACAUGAUUUGUUUGUUAUGAAAAUAUAAAAUACGCAUAUAUUUACAUGUUGUUUUUUAACAAUAAAAAAUGUUUACGUUUUUGAAAAAAAGGGCAUCAAAAGAAACAUAUUAUUACUAGAAUUUCUCUAAAAAUGAAAAUUAAAAAAAUAAUCAGCAUAUGCUUAUGAAUCAACUACUCCCUCCUCAUGAUCAUUUUCUGACGUAGGCUACAGGAAUAUUUCUUGAUAAAAAGUCAUUAUAUCCUCUUCUGGGUAUAGAUACUUUUCUAUUUUCCUCAAAUCUUCAAUUUUAAAAUAUUUUUUGGAAUUUUGUCCAAUGGAUAAGAUUUUUCGGUGAGUAAAAUAGGCUCAGAAGCAGUUUUUCCAGAUUGUAUUCAUAUUGGCGAAAUUUUGAAACAUUGGAUGAUUUUGUUGUUCUUGGGUACUUUACCUCCCUUUGUUUCUUCAGAGAUGACCUUCUUUUCGUAAUAAUGAGGCCACCAUUGCGUAAACGCCAAUACAUCUUCAUUAUUAACCAUUUUCAAUUUGAAAUUUCUUUUUUUCACUUGAAUUUAGUAUUUUGUUUAGUUUCUCUUGAUAGCAGCUUCCAUUCCUUACUUUAGAAUUUGUUCCCCACACCAAAUUCAUAAAUCCAGGACUCUUCUCCAGUGAUGACUGGAGUGAGAGAGUCCCCUCAACAGCACUCAACAAUCUUUGCUUUUUGUUAUGGAUUAAAGAGCUUCGGUAAGUUUUUAACACACUAUUUCUUCAUUUCAAGUUUUUGUGUCAAAAUUUCGAGAACGAUAGUUUUGGAGAUUGACAGCUCCUCAACUAUCAUUCUGACUGUCAAUCUACGGUCUUUAAAAAAACAACCCCGAAUUUGUUCAACUUUUUCUUCAGAACUCGAUGAGUCUCCUUUCACUUCUACACCGUCUUGCGGAACCUUUUUAAAACACUUUUACUUGUGUGAUUGGAUAUGCUAUUUUGUACAUCCUAACCAUUUCUUUUAUAUUGAGUUUAGAUCUAAAUAUUUAUAUUCUCGUGAAGUUUAAUGAGCAAUUUUAUUGGAAAACGAAGAUAUAUAAUCUUCUACUUAUUUGUAGGUCUAUCACAUGCGAAAUGUUUUUUCCAUGUAUGUCACGAGGUACUUGUCCUAAAACCAAUAGCUUAAUAAGGCGUCGCAGUCUUCGCAGAGGGAUUCCGUGAAAAGCUUUUUUGCAAACUUUGGUUUCUCCAUCAGAAUGGGAGACGCGAUAUAAGACGUUCGCGGCUCUCUCUAUACUCUGAUUUGGUUGUUUUCUGAAUAUUGGUUGCAGUGACAUUAAGGCUUGAAGAAAAGCAUCUUGUUCAUUUUUGUUAGAAAAGCUAGUGAACUUUUUAUAAAUUUUAUCACAUAACUCCUCAGAAAUUAAAAUUAGUAUGCAUCGAUCCCAAAAUCUAAAAUGAUAAUAAAAAAUACCUUAGAAUCUAUUGUAUUUGAAAUCUAAAUGAAGUAAAAAAAACAUAUUAAAAAAUCUCAACCUGCAAUCGUCUCCACUAGGUUUUGUUUGACACAAAUUCCCCUUAUAGUUUAUGUAAAAUAGUUUAUAUACAGUAUUGACUUUUUAUAGUUUCACAUUUAUAUUCUUUUUGUUUGACUUCUUUAAUCUAUUUCUGGUGCCUAGAAAGAAAAGGACUCGAGAAUUAUUUCAAUUAUGUCAAGGAUGUGGUUACCAACAUAAAAAUGCAAUUUUACCAAAAAGUGGUCUCAUGUUUUUUGGCACAUAUAAGAUUCAAAUGUUUCAUAUAUAAAUUAUCAUUCUGGUGCUUGCUAUAAACGAGAUAUCUUGAAGAAGUGUAACAGAAUCGUUUUAAACUAAAAAUAAUUCUAUUAUAUAACUACUUUUAUUUGUCUCGAAAAAUAAUUUGAGUAAAUUCCAAAUAAAAAUGUCACUUUUUGAAAUUUUUUUAUGUUUCAUUUCAUACAAUACCAAUAUAUGAAUUAUAUCCUUUCUUAAAUAAGUUUAAAUAAAAAAUUCUGAUUGUUGACUGUUCAUUUUGAAAUUUAUCCAAUGACAACUUGAAGAUCUAAAUAUAAUAAAACAAAGAUGCGAUUACUAUAGUUAAUGUAAAAUUCUAGAUUAAAAAAUGUGAUAAGUCUACAAUGUUUCUAUUUAAAAUUUCGUAUCGAGCAAUAAAGUAUGGCUUCGUCAAAACACAUAUUGGAUAAGUUGCAAAUGAUCAAUACAGACAUGACAUUUAUAGUUAUAUGUGGUUUGUAUAUAACAUUUUAUUAAGACAUCUAACGUGUUAGAUAUAUUUAUAUAGUUUAUGAAAUUGUUGUGGAAUUUUUGAUAAUUAUUUUUAAAAGAACUUGUUCAGUAUUUUUAUAACUUAUAAAUUAAUAAGUGCAAUUUGAAAUAGACUGAAGCCUGAUUGGGCGAUUUCAUCAAGUAAUUAAAUAAGACUACAAUUAAGCGCGCAAAAAGUAAGACUGGUCCGAAAAAAACGAAUUCACUUGAAAUAUCAAUUGAAAAAUCUCAAGGGUAGCAAAUGCUUCCAUGAAAAAACUUUUUAAUUUAUUUGAACCUUUGUUUUAUAUUGUAUCCAAAUAAAAAUAAUAGGUAUAAAAAACUAUGAAAUUAGAAUAUCCUUUCUAUACUUACGGACCCAUUAGCACAAUGAAAUCAUUCUCUUUCAUUAUCAACCCAUUUUGGAUCAAUAUGACUACAGUAGAAUCCUGUUAUUACUCCGACUAAGGGACUGAUGAUAUUUCAUCGUACUAACCAGAGGCUUGACGAACAGAUAUUUUGUUUUUUUAUCAAUCUCAUAUUAAUCUAUUUAUUAAUAUUUAGGUGAAUAGCAAAUAAAAAAAUAUUUAUUUAUUUCACAUCCGUAAGUAUAUACAUAACUAAGAAAGAAAAGAGAGGUAAUUUUAAUUUCAAUAAUCAACAUAUUUAUAUGUAACGCACUUUAUAAUCUACAUACUUAUAUAAUAUAUGUACCUAACUAACAACGAAUCAUCUAGUACAAAAAGUCUGUAAUUUUUUUUGUUUGUAUUAUAAAAAGUAUGGACAAGAUUAUGCAAACUAGAUAAUAUUUUUCAUUGUGUCAUAAUGCACAAACAAAUUUAGCACUUUGUAGCUUUAGAGCUUCAGAUGAACUCAGAGUGGUACAGUUUUCUUUCUAGUCGUCGUCAUUAUUAUCGUUGUUAUCUUGUCUGUUGACGAUAACAUGUUGUGAAAUAUUUUCGUCAGUCGACUCCUCAUCAACAGCAAAAUAUUGUUCAAGUUCUUCAAAUCUCGCCCAGACAGGCAGCAGCACAUUAUCAUCGUCGUUGUCGAUAGCAACACUGGGAGUACUGGGAUUGUCACGGGUAGUCGUAAACUUCUUCCAGGCAUUGUAAAUCAUUAGAAUGGCAUCAAGUAUGUUUGGCACCUCUGGUAUCUUCUUUUGCAUCAAGACUGGAGACAAUUUUUAGAACCAGGUUUUAACGAAAGUGUGAUUUUAAAACUAUUUCUUGGUCCAUAAGAUAUAAUGCCAAUGUUGUAUUAGGAGGUAGAAAAAUGAGAGUUAAUGCUUCUCAAGUCAGACAGUUGUUAACAAGAAGCAGAAUCUUUUUCUUCUUUUUAGUAAGUUCUUGAUCCCAGUCGUGUACCCAUUUGCUAGGUCUUGCGAUUGCUUUCAUAAUCUACAUUUUGGAAAUAUCUUGGGUUCUUUGACUUGCCGAUAAUUAACAUCUUUUUUUAUCGUGCCACAUAAGUUAGUUGCAACCAUAACAAUUAUUUUGUCUGUCGAAAGUUUUUUUCGCCUCUAAAUUAGAAUAAUCUUUAUAAUUUCGAUCUUGAUAGUAGAAUAUACAGAGGUUUGACAAAAAAUGUAUUUUAAAGGGUAACACCACUGUAGAGCCCGGUUUUUGAAGAUCAUUUUUGGAAUUUUUUUUAAGAAAACUACAUCAAAUGCAAAAUCUAAUUGUAUAAUUUUAUUAUACAUGUAUUCAAGUAAUUAAAUGAAUUUAUACAGAGCGUUCAAAAACAAAAUGGCGUAAAUACAGAGCUAUAAGCAUAAGAGGAAUUUUCAGAGAGGCCUCCACUACCACCAACUUUUCGUCAUAGCUAUUGAUCUGAAACAUAAAAAUCAAGUUUUUUCUUAAUGUUUGAACUAUAAAUAAGAGAAGUAAGUAGGGGUUUCCAAAAAUAUCAAAUUUUAACAAAAUGGCGGAAGUUAAAAAAAUAAUUAUUUUUUCGUAUAAAAAAAUCAUGAAACAUGGAUUGUAAAUUAUUUUAUUAUAUUAUAUUAUUAAAAAAAUCCUUGGUAGUUCCCUAGAAAUUGAUAUUAUAAAGCUUCUGUCAAAGUUUUAAUCAAUCGGAACAAAUUUGACUGAAUAAUUGUGGUGGUAGUGUUUGAAGGUUUGAAAACGGACGAUAAGCGUGAUGCAACUGUCAAACUGACGCUAUACUAAACAUUAACACAAAUACAGUUCAUAAUCUCACUAGUGCCACCCAUAGGUAGCCGAUUCUACUAUUUACUAGUAGAAAUAGUCGCUAAGGAAUAUCUGAAGCAGGUAAGCAUUUCGGAGCUGAAAAAAAUAUUUUUUUUACAGUGGUGUUACCCCUUAAUAGAGCAUAUUUCAUCAUUUGGUAUCAAUGGUAGGAUUAGGCCCGUUUUGAAUCUUAUUCAUGAUUUAAUUUUGAUCAAAAGUUCGCUGGUCACUAUAAUUUCACAAAAACUUUAUUGGAUUGUCCAAAUCAUUGCUUAGCUUCCGAUUUCUUCAAAAUAAUAUAACAAACCUUUGUCUUGAGGCUCUUGAUUUGCAAAAACUACAUGGCCCUGACCUAAUAUUUCUUCUUAAUGCUCUCGAGUGUCACAGGAAAUAUUUUGGCUAUUCAUACUGGUGUCAAGCAUUCUCCACUCAAAGCAGUAACUGCAGCACACCCUGGAGUGUGAUUAUGAUAUUGGCGAAAGUUAAUUUUCAUUUUAAACUUUCAAAUUAAGUCUGAAAAACAAACCAAGAGUUUUUUUAUUCAAAGUAUAGCCAAAUAAUAGAAUAUGCGUUAAUUUUCCUGGGUUGUGUAUGAUUCCACUGUAAACUUUCUAUUGUUGGUUUGAGGUAGAGUAGAAAGGAAAUCUCUUAAAUAAGGUACUUAUUUUAUAAGAAAUUGAAAAAUUAUUUAUAAUUGCUAUUAACAAAGUAAAAAAUUUUCACAUGUGCCAAACAAAUAUUGUUCAUAUUAUCAUAAUUUGUUGGCUUGUUCAUUCAUACAGACUAGAAUUACUAUGUGGUAUGUAACAUAAAACAAUUGUGGUUUAGACAACAUUUCAUUAGGAGACAAUACGGCUGUAAUAAAUGUAGUUAAUGCGUUUUUUCCGUUUUUGUGGUUAUUGAUUCGUCAUCUGUAGCCCUUAGCAUUGCGCACAGAAUAAAUGUGUGUUUGAUGUGUGUACGAAAAUAUUCACAAUAUAUAGAAAUAUUCUUCGAGACACUUUUUAACUUUAUAAAAAUAAUUUAUUUACAAUAAACGAUUUUUAAAUUUACUCAGGCAAUAAAACAAUGAGUAACUUUAUUAAUUACAUUGAACUUAUAUUUAUUUUAUCAGUAUUUUGGAAUCCGCUGACCAUGUGCAGUGGCGGAAUUACAGAUUGGCCGCCUAUAGGCUAUUCAAUUUUAGCUGACCUCUGAGAUUCCAUACUUUGGUUCAUAAUUAUUUAAAUUACAUUUUCUAUAAAUAAAAUUGCAAUUUCAUGAUUUGAGAGCUAUCGUUUUAUAUAAAAUAAUGGUAUAAGUUGAAUUAUGAUAACGGAGUACAUUUUGGCUUGACUUUGAAUUCGCGAAAUUAUUAAUUAUAUGAAAUAUUGUUUAUUAGAUCUGACUCUAUGCACGAAAAAGCUAAAGCGUUUAGCUUCUCUUGAUUUUUCUUUCCUUUAAUUUCGUGAACCAAAAAAAAAAUUAAACAAAAUUUGCCGCCCUAGGCUACUCAACCUUGGUAAAUCCACCACUGACCAUGUGCAUAUUAUUUAUUCUUCGUUGGUAUCUGCUGAUCGUUAGGCAGUGUCGGGAACCUUUCAUAUUUCUAUGUAUUAAUGCAAUAAUUUUUUCCACCUUCAAAUAAAUCACGUUAUGAAAUUGAUCAUAAUCAUAAAUUCACAAUAAUAACAUUAAGUAAAUUGUAAAUAUAUUAAAUUGUUAGAAAAUAUGUAUAUUGUAAUUUUUAUAACAUGUCUUUGAAUAGAUUAUCAGAAAUUCCAUAGAGUCUAUUGCAUGCUGCUAUGUUAACAACGAAUAAUAAUGUAUAUAAUUGUAAAAACAGUUUAUAAAGCAUUUUUUUUUUCAGUUAACUAAUAAAAAUUAAUAUGA